AUGACACUGGUGACCACGAGCAGCAAUAGUAGAAUUAGCACUACUGGCUUCUCCCUCUUUUCAUUUCCUCGAGUCAUGACUCAUUCCCAACCACAACAAGGACACGCUCGAGUUCCUUCCUUCACUUCGAGCUUUUGGGUCAUGAUGCUUUUAUCAAUCCUCAUCGUCUUCAUCAUCAACACCCACUCUCUCAAUAUUCAAUUUGUUCUUGCGACAACAAUCCCUCCCAAAUAUUCAAUCACAACCAUCGCAGGUGGUGGCAACACAGGUGCCAGCGACGCAACUUCCGUCGUGUUGAAUGGUCCUUCAGGAAUUAGUAUUGGGUCUGAUGGUGUUAUUUACUUUACAGAAAAGGGUAAUAAUCAAAUUCGUAAACUCAGUUUUGACUCGAACACUGGUACUUAUUCAAUUUCGACUUUUGAUACUUCCUCCCUCUCACCAGCCGUCGACACUCCCACUGGAAUUUUUGUGAAACAAGAUUCGGUCAACGGAGAUGUCAUUUAUUUUGCUGACAAUGGUCGAGUGACAAGUGUGGCAAAUGGUGUAGUCCAAACUAUUCAUGACAAAACCAGUGAUGCUAAUUUCAACCCAUCUGGCUUGUCAAUGAUCGGAGGCGAUCUCUAUGUAGCAGAUAGUGGUAAUCAAGUGAUUGACAAGUGGACAUCCAAUGUGUACAAUGUCUACGCUGGUUCAACUGGCACUGCAGGAUAUCAAGAUGCUGAUUUCUCGGCUGAUCCAGCUGCUGUUCAAUUUAACAACCCAGUGGGUGUUGCUACAACGAAUGAUGCAAAUCCCAUUCUAUAUGUGGCAGACAAGACCAACAAUAGAAUUAGAAAACUCUUCCAAUCGGCAAGCACUACUUUUGCAGGAAGUGGAUCUUCAACAAAUGAACAAAACGUUGCGAAUGCUGAUCCUUCGUUGGUGGAUCUUGUUGGUCCACUUGCUGUCUCUGUGGCACCUAAUGGAGAUGUCUAUCUCUCUACCAGCUCUCGAGUGUAUAUCAUUCAUGCAAAUACCCAAAAAAUUUCCACAGUCGCUGGAUCUGGAACAUCAGGAGAUGGUUCCGCUUUAGGAGCAACCCUGAGCUCACCUGAAGGUAUUGCCGUGUCAUCGGAUGGAAAAUCAAUUUUCAUUGCUGACACUGGAAACAAUCUGAUUCGUAAAAUUUCUUUGGAUUAUUGUGAGAGUGGUUAUGUUUUUGAUAGCACCAACUCUGUUUGUGUACCUGUAUGUUAUGGUCUCCCUCAAAACGACAGCAAGGUCUGUAACGGAAAUGGAGCAUGUAUUGCACCAAAUUUCUGUCAAUGUGACCUCACUCAUGGUGGAUUGAAUUGUUCAAUUCCUAUGUGUUAUGGAUAUUAUGCGAACGACACUAAUAAUGUUUGUAAUGGUCGUGGAGAAUGUACUGAUGUUGACAGGUGCGUAUGCAGCACUAAUUAUGGCGGCAACCAGUGUCAAUUAGCAAGAUGUAAUGGUAUAUUGGCAGAUAAUCCCUCAACGGUUUGUAAUGGUCGCGGCUCUUGCAACGAUGUUGAUGUUUGUCUCUGCAACAAUGGUUAUGGUGGAAAAUUCUGUGAUUUAGUCAAAUGCAACAAUAUUCUUUCCAAUGAAACUUCAACAGUGUGUAGUGGAAGAGGAUCAUGUGAUGAUGUUGACACUUGUCGAUGUCAUGCUGGAUAUGGAGGUCCAUUUUGUGAACUUGCCAAAUGCUACAAUAUUCUUUCAAAUGAAACGACAACUGUUUGUAGUGGAAGAGGAUCAUGUAACGAUGUGGACGCCUGUGUCUGUAAUAAUGGAUUCGGUGGUCAAUUCUGUCAACUUGCCAAAUGUAAUGGUAUUCUUGCUAAUGAAACAACAACAGUUUGCAAUGGUAGAGGAUCAUGCAAUGAAGUCGAUACUUGUAAUUGCGUCGAUGGCUUUGGAGGACAAUUUUGCCAACUCGCCAAGUGCAAUGGUACUUUGGCCAAUGAAACAUCAACUGUUUGCAGUGCCCGUGGCUCCUGUAACGAGUUGAAUGUGUGUGUCUGUCACGAAGGCUAUGGUGGAGAAUUUUGUGAAUUGGCAAAAUGCAAUGGAACUUUGGCCAAUGAAACAUCCAUGGUGUGCAGCGGAAGAGGUUCAUGCAACAACGUCGACGUUUGUGUUUGUAGUGAAGGAUUUGAUGGCCAAUUUUGUGAACUCGCUAAAUGUAAUGGAACUUUGGCCAAUGAAACCUCAGUGGUUUGCAACUCUCAUGGUUCUUGCAAUGAGGUAGACACAUGUGUCUGUCAUGAUGGUUAUGGAGGAAAAUUCUGUGAAUUUGCUAAAUGCAAUGGAGCUUUGGCUAAUGAAACUUCCACCGUGUGUGCUGGUCGUGGCUCUUGUAAUGAAAUUAAUGUUUGCGUCUGCCAUGAAGGUUAUGGAGGAGAAUUUUGUGAACUGGCAAAAUGUAAUGGCAUAUUGUCCAAUGAAACUUCAGUUGUGUGCAAUGGAAGAGGACCCUGCAAUAAUGUCGAUACUUGUAUUUGCAACAAUGGCUAUGGUGGAAAAUUCUGUGAAUUGGCUAAAUGUAAUGAAACUCUCGCCAAUGAAACGUCAACGGUAUGCAGUGGACGUGGAUCAUGCAACGACGUGGAUGUUUGCCUCUGCAAUAACGGAUACGGUGGUCAAUUUUGUCAAAUCGCUAAAUGUAAUGGUACCUUAGCAAACGAAACCUCAGUGGUUUGUAGUGGAAGAGGAUCUUGCAAUGAUGUCAAUGUCUGUGUUUGUAACUCUGGAUUUGGUGGUCAAUAUUGCGAAUUAGCCACUUGCAAUGGAACUUUAGCAAAUGAAACUUCAAGUGUGUGUAGUGGUCAUGGCUCUUGUAACGAAGUUGAUGUUUGUGUCUGUAACAAUGGUUACGGAGGAAAAUUCUGUGAACUCGCCACAUGUAACAAUAUUCUUGCUAAUGAAACGGUGUGUAGUGGAAGAGGAUCUUGCAAUGACGUGAAUGUCUGUGCUUGCUCCGUAGGAUACGGAGGUCAAUUCUGUGAAUUGGCAAAAUGUAAUGGUACUUUGGCAAACGAGACGUUGAGUAUUUGCACCGGAAGAGGUUCCUGUAAUGACGUUGAUGUUUGUGUCUGUAACAAUGGUUUUGGUGGAAAAUUCUGUGAACUCGCCAAGUGCAAUGGAACCUUAGCUAAUGAAACUUCUACUGUUUGUAGCGGUCGUGGAUCUUGUAAUGACCUUAAUACUUGCGUUUGCAACAAUGGAUUCGGUGGUGAAUUUUGUGAAUUAGCCAAGUGCAAUGGUACUUUGGCCAAUGAAACAUCGAUAGUUUGCAGUGGAAGAGGUUCAUGUAAUGAUGUGAAUCUAUGCGUUUGUAACUCUGGAUUUGGUGGUCAAUAUUGUGAGUUUGCCAAGUGUAAUGGAACUUUGGCCAAUGAAACAUCAACUGUUUGCAGUGCCCGUGGCUCCUGUAACGAGUUGAAUGUGUGUGUCUGUCACGAAGGCUAUGGUGGAGAAUUUUGUGAAUUGGCAAAAUGCAAUGGAACUUUGGCCAAUGAAACAUCCAUGGUGUGCAGCGGAAGAGGUUCAUGCAACAACGUCGACGUUUGUGUUUGUAGUGAAGGAUUUGGUGGUCAAUUUUGUGAACUCGCUAAAUGUAAUGGAACUUUGGCCAAUGAAACAUUGAGUGUUUGCAGCGGAAGAGGUUCAUGUAAUGGCAUUGACAUUUGUGUUUGCCAUGUUGGAUUUGGUGGUCAAUAUUGUGAACUCGCCAAGUGCAAUGGAACCUUAGCUAAUGAAACUUCUACUGUUUGUAGCGGUCGUGGAUCUUGUAAUGACCUUAAUACUUGUGUUUGCAACAAUGGAUUUGGUGGUGAAUUUUGUGAGUUUGCCAAGUGCAAUGGUACUUUGGCCAAUGAAACAUCGAUAGUUUGCAGUGGAAGAGGAUCUUGCAAUGAUGUCAAUGUCUGUGUUUGUAACUCUGGAUUUGGUGGUCAAUUUUGUGAAUUGGCAAAAUGUAAUGGAACUUUGGCAAACGAAACUUCAAGUGUAUGCUUUGGACGUGGAUCUUGCAACAAUUUGGACGUCUGUGUCUGCCAUGUUGAAUUUGGUGGUCAAUUUUGUGAACUUGCCAAGUGCAAUGGAACCUUAGCUAAUGAAACUUCAGUCGUCUGUAGUGGUCGUGGAUCCUGUAAUGAUGUAGACACAUGUGUUUGCAAUGAAAGAUAUGGAGGAAAAUUCUGUGAACUCGCCAAGUGUAAUGGUACUCUCGCCAAUGAAACCUCCAUUGUUUGCAGUGGAAGAGGAUCCUGCAAUGAUAUUGAUACUUGUGUUUGCAACAAUGGAUUUGGUGGACAAUGGUGUGAAUUGGCAAAAUGCAAUGGAACUUUGUCGAAUGAAACUUUGUCCGUGUGUAGUGGCCGUGGAUCUUGCAACCAUGUGGAUGUGUGCGUUUGUCAAAAUGGAUAUGGUGGUCAAUUUUGUGAACUCGCAUUUUGCAAUGGUACCUUAGCAAACGAAACUUCAAUGGUUUGCAGUGGAAGAGGAUCGUGUAAUGACGUCAAUGUUUGUGUUUGCAAUUCUGGAUACGGAGGUAAAUAUUGUGAACUCGCCAAAUGUAAUGGAACUCUGGCCAAUGAAACUUCAACAGUAUGCAGUGGUCGUGGGUCUUGCAAUGGUGUGGACGUAUGUGUCUGUCACGAAGGAUAUGGAGGUCCAUUCUGUGAAUUGGCAAAAUGCAAUGGUACUCUGGCAAACGAAACAUCCACUGUUUGCAGUGGAAGAGGUUCAUGCAAUGAUGUGAACGUUUGUGUUUGUAGUGACGGAUUUGGUGGUCAAUUUUGUGAACUCGCUAAAUGUAAUGGAACCUUAGCUAAUGAAACAUCAACGGUUUGCAGUGGCCGUGGAUCAUGCAACCAUGUGGAUGUUUGUGUCUGUAACGAUAAUUUUGGAGGAAAAUUCUGUGAACUCGCUAAAUGUAACAAAACGAUUUCAAAUGAGACAUUUAUUGUCUGCAGCGGACGUGGAUCAUGCAAUGAUGUGGAUGUUUGUGUUUGUAAUCAUGGAUUUGGAGGAGUAUUUUGUGAACUCGCAUUUUGUAAUGGAACUUUAGCCAAUGAGACAUCGACAGUCUGCAGUGGACAUGGUUCCUGCAAUGAUGUCAAUGUAUGCGCCUGUAGAACUGGAUUUGGUGGAGAAUUUUGUGAACUCGCUAAAUGCAAUGGAACUUUGGCUAAUGAAACAUCAACAGUAUGCAGUGGUCGUGGAUCAUGCAACAACGUCGACGUUUGUGUUUGCAGUGAAGGAUUUGGUGGCCAAUUUUGUGAGCUUGCUAAAUGCAAUGGAACUCUGGCCAAUGAAACCUCUACGGUUUGCAGUGGACAUGGUUCAUGCAGCAAUGUCGAUGUUUGUGUUUGCAAUUCUGGAUACGGAGGUAAAUAUUGUGAACUCGCCAAGUGCAAUGGAACCUUAGCCAACGAAACUUCAGUAUGCAGUGGAAAGGGACAAUGUCAAUCGUUUGAUCUUUGUGUGUGUAAUAAUGGAUAUGGAGGACAAUUCUGUGAAUUUGUCAAAUGUAAUGGUACUUUGCAAAACGAAACCGCAUUGGUUUGUAAUGGACAUGGUUCAUGUGAUGAUGUCAAUGUUUGUCGAUGUUCUGCAAACUGGGGAGGUCCAUUCUGUCAAUAUCCAAAAUGUAAUGGUAUUUUGCAAAACGAAACAUCAACAGUUUGUAGUGGACAUGGUUCUUGUGACGAUGUUGAUGUCUGUAGAUGUGACUUGAAUUAUACAGGACCCUACUGUCAAUAUCCAAAAUGUAAUGACAUUCCUUCGAACGAAACUUCAACUGUUUGCUCCAAUCAUGGUACUUGUCAAGGUGUGAAUCAAUGUGUCUGCUCGUCGAAUUGGGGAGGUCCAAUUUGUCAAUAUCCAAAAUGUAAUGGCACUUUGCAAAACGAAACGACAGUGUGUAGUGGAAGAGGAUCAUGUGAUGAUGUUGACACUUGCCGAUGUCAUGCUGGAUAUGGAGGUCCAUUUUGUGAACUUGCCAAAUGCAAUGGAAUUCUCUCCAUUGAGACCAAUGUUUGUAGUGGACAUGGUUCAUGUGAUGAGAUUGAUGUUUGUCGUUGCAAUUCCAAUUAUGCUGGACCUUACUGUCAAUAUCCAAAAUGUAAUGGAAUUCCAUCCAAUGAAACCUCCACCGUCUGCUCAGGACAUGGUACUUGUAGCUCUCCAGAUGUGUGUUCAUGCAGCUCUGGAUGGUAUGGAAACAAGUGUCAAGUACCUAUGUGUGCUGGUCAAUUAGCCAACACGUCACAAGUGUGUAAUUAUGGAAAUGGUACCUGUCAAACACCAGGAGAUUGUUCAUGUCAUUCAGGAUGGACUGGUUCUGAUUGUUCAACUCCAAUUUGUUAUGGACGAACUCCUUCAGAACAAGCUUGCUCAGGUCGAGGUACUUGUCUUUUGAACAAUACUUGUGUCUGUCCUUUGAAAUACGAUGGUUUGGAAUGUCAAUUACACAAGUGUUACAAUGUGUUGAAUUCAUCCUCGAGUGUUUGUUCAGGAAAUGGAAAAUGUGUGGAUAGUGAUCAAUGCUCAUGCAAUUCUGGAUAUGUGGGAUCAAAUUGUCAAUUGUUAUACCUUUCUUCAAUCUCUUUGCAAUUUAACACUACCAAAGGACAAGUUCAAAAUUCUCAAGCUUCUCUUCAAUUAAGCAUUAACGAUGCUCAAUUCUCCACGUAUUACUUGUCAGCAGGUCGAACUGUGAGUGCUAAAUUUACUUUGCAAUUGAAUGGAAAUCUAGUUACAACCAUCAAUAAGGACAUGUCUACUUCCAAGUUAGAAUUCCUAGUUCCAUCCUACGACUCGAAUGGUACUUUGACUGCAUUCGUCGAAUUCACAGACACAGCCACAAAUGUGAAAAUUUCAGACAAAGUUUCAUCUCUUAAUUCCUUAAUUUUGGACAGUGUUUCCGUGAACGAUAAAAAGACAGAAGAUGGAGGUGGUAAUGGUGGAGCGGUCGCUGCUGCCGUUAUUGUUCCAAUUGUGGUCAUUGGAGGAGUUGCUGCUGUGGCUGCAGGUGUGAUUGGAUUUGUGGCAUUCAAGAUGAAGGCAGCUGCUGCAGCAAAGGCCACAACGAUCACACACGCUCAACACUAUGACUUUGAAUUGGCAGAAGGAUUUUAA